AUGCAGUGUCAGGCACUUCACAGAUUUGGUCAAAAGCUGAUAUGCAGACGUACACUGGAGCAAGAUGUGCCUGAGAUGGGCUAUUUUGGAAGACUGAGAACUCUGGAUUUAGUGGCCCUUGGUGUGAGUCGUACAUUGGGUGCAGGUGUGUAUGUCCUGGCUGUUGAGGUGGCCGGCAGUCAAGCAGGACCAUCCAUUGUGAUCUGCUUUUUUUUGGCUGCCCUGUCUUCUGUGUUGGCUGGGCUCUGCUAUGCAGAGUUUGGAGCCCGAGUUCCCCAUUCUGGCUCUGCAUAUUUCUACUGUUAUGCCAUUGCAGGUGAACUCUGGGCUUUCAUUACUGGCUGGAAUCUCAUCUUCUCCUACGUUGCUCGUACAGCCAUUGUAGUCUUUGCCUGGAGUUUAGCUUCUGACAACAUGUUUGGGAACCAGAUAUCUUGGACCAUACCUGGGAGCACUUCAUCGCUUGUUCCCCAGUCAUUUGAAGGACAGACAUUCGUGUCCAUUAUUGGUCUUCUGAUCUUUAUCAUUGUAUUUCUGAUACUGAGGAGUAUAUCAUUUCUCAGCUUUACCAAAGUAUUCACAUUGGUAAGCCUUUUGGUUCUUGGUUUUAUCAUCAUCUCUGGCUUCAUUAAGGGAGACCUACACAACUGGAAGCUCACAGAAGAUGACUACAUAAUGAUUGGACUCAAUGACACCUUUGGCUUGGACCCUCUGGGCUCUGGAGGAUUUGUGCCAUUUGGCUUCCAGGGGAUUCUCCGUGGAGCAGCUACCUGUUUCUGUGCAUUUAUUGGUUUCGACAACAUCAUUACCAGAGUUGAAAAAGCCUGGGACCCCCAACAUUCCGUUCCCAAGGGCAUUGUGAUUUCACUGUUCAUCAACUUUUUGGUGUAUUUUGGUGUCUCUUCAGCACUUACGCUUAUGGUGCCUUACUAUGAGCUUCAACCUGGGAGCCCCUUGCCUGAGGCAUUUCUCCUUAUUGAGUGGCUCCAUGCCUACUAUUUUGUAGCUUUUGGAUUUUUCUUUAGUCUGUCUGCCAACAUUUUAGACUUUAUGUUCCCCAUUCGCAGGCUGAUAUACAUUAUGGGACAGGAUAGCCUCCUCUUCACUGACCUUACUGGCAUAUACACCCUCAUCAUGGCCACUGUGAUUUUUGCCAUUAUUGCAACAAUCAUGGCAUUUUUAUUAGGACUCACUGAUCUUGUGGACCUCGUGUCAAUUGGGACCCUGCUAGCUUACUCCCUGGUGGUUGUUUGUGUUCUCAUCUUCAGGUAUCAGCCUGAGGUGAAGAAAGGGGGAAAUUAAACACAGGUGCAGGAGGAGAAUGGACCUGCAGCAGAGAAGCUGACUCUACAGGGACUAUUUUUUCCAGGCAGCCCCACCCCCACUCCACUCUCUGGCAGGGUUGUCUAUGUUUGCUCCUCAUUGCUUGUUCUGCUGAUCAUUCCUCUUUGCUUGGUGCUUACCCAGUGGCCAGCUCUCCUUUCUGGAGACCCAGUGUGGAUUUCCAUGGUUGUGCUGCUCCUGGUGCUCAUCACUGGGAUCACUGGGGUCAUCUGGAGACAGCCACAGAGCUCCAGUCCCCCUCACUUUAAGGUCCCUGCUCUGCCUCUCCUCCCACUACUGAGCAUCUUUGUGAAUGUUUGCCUUAUGAUGCAGAUGACAGCUCGCACCUCGGUGGCAUUUGGUGUCUGGAUCUUGAUUGGGUUGGCUCUCUACUUCAGCUAUGGGAUCCAGCACAGCAAGCUCACUUAACCCUACUUAAGUUAGGACCCAAACUGUAGAUCUUGAACUCAGCAAUGCCAGUACACAUUUGACUUAACAUCAUCAGAACUGAAUUCAGUCUCAUUCGUCUGUGGAAUAAUGGAGAGUAGUCUUGAGCACAUGGAAAACCAGGUCUUCCAUGGGAUAUUGG